GCUUGGAGCUCACUCUGCUCCCGGCUCUGCAGGAAUCCAGGGCUGAGCAAGAGGAGGAGGAUGCUGCUGACACAGGUUAUGUGGUUCUCAGCGCUCUGCACCGCGGCGCUCGGCUGCCCCACCAUCGUCACCCGCUCCCAGUGGAGGGCCCGGGCCCCGAGAAACAGGGUCCAGCUGAGCACCCCAGCGCCCUACGUCAUCAUCCACCACACGGCAGGGAGUUCCUGCACCUCACAGGCUUCCUGCAGCCAGCUGGUCAGGGGCAUCCAGAACUACCACAUGGACUCAAAAGGCUGGGCCGACAUUGGCUACAACUUCCUGAUCGACGGGGACGGCAGAGUCUACGAGGGCAGAGGCUGGAGCACCAUGGGGGCCCACGCCUAUGGCUGGAACCAUAAGUCACUGGGAUUCAGCUUCCUGGGCACCUUUUCCAGCAGAAUCCCUAAAGCUGCCGCCCUGAAUGCCGCCCAGAGCCUGAUCCAAUGCGCCGUCAGCAGGGGCUCCCUAAGCAGCAGCUACACCCUGACGGGGCAUCGCAACGUGAAUCCGACCGAAUGCCCCGGGAACGCCCUCUACAGGGUCAUCACCCAGUGGCCCAGGUUCAAAGCCAAACCCUGAGUCCCUGCAGCCUCGGGGCAGCCCCUGCGCAUGUCGCUGACCGCGCCUGCGACUUCUGCCUGCCCGAGCAGCACCUCCAUCCCCCAGCAGGGGGCAGCUUUGUGCUUCUCGCCCACCUGCUGCCUCCUGGGGCCCAGAGAGCAGGGAUCUGAGAGUUGGGGUUACGCUCCCAUCUCCCCUGGGCUCUGCUGCCCUUCCCCCCAGGGCUCAGAUUUCUAAUGGCAUCUGGGAGCCACCUGUCGCCCCCAGGCUGCUUCCUUCAGCAAACACCAGGCUAGCCCCUCGCUGCCACCCAGGACUGGCAUGUCAGUUCAGCCCAGGCCCUGAAAUCUCCCAGAAACUGGUCGCUAUUUACCCCACCCCACAGAGGGAACCCAAGUGUCCCCGAGCCCUGACCCUCAGCUCUGCCUGGCCUCCGUAAGCUCUGGCUCUCAAAGCUUUCAGCUCUAGCACCUUUCACCCUGAGAGUAUGUUCCCGCCAGCCUCUCUCACUGAGGGGGGCAAAGUGUUUGGAUCUUCACGCAGCAGGUGCCUGGGAAGGACCCGUUGGGUGGCUCACAGAGUCCCACAAAGGUGUUUUUAAUUCAAGUGCAAUUUGCCUUUAACUCAGCGCCCCUGUGGCUUAGUGCUUGCUUUGCUUGGGAGCUACUGAGCAGUGAGAAUAAACCAGCUUCUAGCACAUGAAAAGUUGAAGCGCUGUGAAUCAUUUAAUCUCCUGUUAAACCAUAACCACCCCCCGCUGCUGGGCUGGGAGAGCUCAGAGGGCGAGAUUAUGGU